AUGAACGGCUCUUCCAAAUCAGCUGGCCCAGGAGCGGUUACCUCUCUUCCUCAGGAAUCUCCUCUGGCUGAAGGUCCCCCAGCAGCGGUUGAAGCGCGGGGGCUCUGGUAUAAACUCCGACAUCCUAGGGGUUUCUGGGAGCAUCUUCAUGUGACCUUGUUAGGAGAGUUUGCUGGCACCUUCCUCUUCCUAUUCUUCGCAUAUGCGGGGGUCAUGGUAGGCAAAAGCUCUUUGGGAGGAACUCCAUCUACAACCAGUGAAUUCCUAGUGUUCCUGCUGUUCGGAGCCACCAGCUUCGGUGCAAGUUUGGCAAUCAAUGUCUGGAUCUUCUUCCGAGUCUCCGGUGGUCUUUUCAAUCCCGCAGUCACUGCCGCUUUCAUGCUGUGCGGUUUGACCCAUCCUAUCAGAGGAGUAUUCAUCAUCAUUACGCAACUUAUAGCUGGCAUAUGUGCCGCCGCUGUGGUAGAUGCACUCACACCUGGACCGCUCAGUGUGGAUAACGCUCUUGGACCGAACGUAUCUGUAUCUCAAGGAUUGUUCAUGGAGAUGUUCCUCACGGCGGAGCUGAUCCUCGCAAUCUUCAUGCUCGCGGUGGAGAAACAUCGAGGCACAUUCCUUGCCCCACUUGGGAUUGGCAUCGCGCUAUUUAUGGGCCAUAUGGUAGGCAUAUAUUACACUGGGGCUGGUCUUAAUCCUGCUCGAUCGCUUGGACCAGCAGUUGUCGAGAAGACUUUCCCAGGCUAUCACUGGAUUUACUGGAUUGGACCUUUUCUCGGGUCACUCCUGGCUUCAUUCUUCUACAAGACACUCAGAGUCUUCGAAUACUAUACUGCCAAUGAAGGUCAAGACGACGAUGGACGUAGCCAAAAGCUUGCGUGA